GGGACCGCGUCUCAUUGCAAGCCAAAUACCCACUGAGUCCGUCAGAGAAAUCUGAAGUGGAAGACAUUGGUGGCCAUUCAGCGAAAAAGAAUGUCCGAGUGAAAGACAAAUUCCGCGAAGCAGAAAGGGAGAAAGACAAGUUUCACCCAUCGGCCAUACACUUGGAAAAGAAAUGUUCUGGGAUUUACAUUUCUGCAGAUGAACCUGAAGUCAAUAAAGAAAAGAUCGAUCCUUCUCUUGGAGUUCCUCACAUCCUCGUUGACUGUUCCGAAACUGACGCAUCCUAUCUCAAUCAAAUCUUGAAUAGCAGCAAACUUCCAGUUGUUACUGAAGUUUUGGAUGGCCUGGGUUUAGGCCCCAAAGGUCCACCUAUACCACCCCCAUCUACAUUUGCUGUUGUGCAAUAUCCAUUGAAGAGAAAACCUCCAGCUGGGCCUGAGAUAUCGAAACAAUACAUAUUUGUGGCCUCUUCUCCUUCAGAUCCAAACAUUGGCUUUGAGGAAAAGUUUAAAGAAUCUGAUAUUGAAGACGUGCAGGUUAUUGAGAAAGAGAAAGGAGAACGAACAACCCAGACCAGUCGACCAAAAGCAAAAGGUGAAAAAGCAAAACUGGCUUCCGAUUCUGCUAAACGAAGAAGUGCAGAAAAGAAAAAAUCAGCCCAUCGUUUGUCACAGUUUGCUAUUCCUUCUCCAUUGUUUGGACUCAGUUCACCUGGCUCUGAUGAUAUUUUCAGUCCUGGAACUCCAUAUUUGGAAUCCAAGAAACUGAACUACUUCAGAUGGAUUGUUCCUGCAAAUGGUUACACCACUCUUAGGAUUCGUUUCUCAUCUGAAGAACUGGGAGAAUUUGACCAGACAUUGACUUUUGAAAUCCUUGGCACCAAGAAGCGCUUCCAAAUAUUUAAUCAUGGCCUCUGUAUUUUCCCAAGUAUUUGUCAAGAUCCAAAGAUUGUUUUCAAACGACACCGGAAGAAGAGAGAACCUGAUGAGAUCGUUCAUAAAAGAUAUGUCAUGUCAUCAGAGACUUUUGAAUUUGGUCCGCUUCUGGUUGGAAGAUAUGCCGACGGCCUCCAUCCAAUCAACAAGUACAAAGAAUUCCCAGAGAAUCUUGAAAUCUUAACCAUUCUGAAUGCUUCCCCGAUAGAAGCAGACAUUAGUUUUUGUUUCUUGAAAGACACAAAAGCUGAAACAUUUUCUUUAGAUCCUCAAACAAUGAUUCUUCCUCCACAAAGGUCAAAGCAUCUUGCUGUGUGGGCUUUCCCUCGUACCGUAAAAUUAAUUGAAGAUGCAAUUGUUUGCUGUGUGAAAGAAAAUCCAGAACCAAUUUUAUUCAAAAUCAGCUGCGAAGCUUUCCGUCCUGAACUGGAUUUGGACAGACGAGUGUUCCAGUUUGAUAAAGUUCUCAUAUUAAGAGAAGAAAAACGUACAAUACGCAUGCGUAACCGUACAAAAUUGCCUGUUGGUUGGAAAUUGAGUGGGAUUGAGAAUCUUGGAGAUGAGUUUACUGUUUCUUCUACUGGUGGAGUUGUUCCGCCUUUGGGUGAGACCCCUCUACAUGCCUACUUUCAAUCAAAGAAGCCAUUAAUAAUGGCAAAGAAGCAAAUAAGAUUGGAGAUCUUUGAUGUUGAUAAUACUGUGAAAUCUUCAUCUGAAAUAAUCAGCAUCUUAGGAGAAGCUUACGAUGUUGCAGUUGAUAUCAACUUCCCCAAGGCCAUGUCGACAGAUGAAGACCGGUGCCUUGACUUUGGUACAGUGCGAGUUUCUGAAGAUGCAAAACAAACAAUAACAAUAAAAAACAAAGGGAAAUACGACAUCUUAUUUGAAAUCGUCCCCAACACUGACCCAAUAAUCUGUAAGAUCUAUGCCACCUUAUUUUCCAUCUCACCUGUGAAAGGUAUCCUUGGUCCACUUGACCGUCCGCUAUCUUGCCAGCUGUUGUUCCGAACUCAAGCUGAAAUAUCAAUUAAAGACCAAAUCAUAUUCCGUUGCUUAGUCAUAGACCCAUCUGGAGACAUUCUUGUGGCCACACUGCCAAUCCGAAUAUCUGUACGAGCAGUAUAUAGCAAAUUUGUUAUUGCUCCAGACUGUGACAUUGAUUUCGGUGCACUGCUCGUCAAUUCGAAAAGGACACGUACAAUCACCAUUGAAAACAAAGGAGAGUUUGAAUUCAAGUAUGUCAUUACAAAGAAUGUUGCAGACAAAGACAGUACUGUUUCAAAAAAGAAAUCAAUUGAACCAAUACAAACUCGGUGUUCCUUGGGCAUUUUUAAUAUAUAUCCUGCAACUGGUAAUAUUCUGUCAGGAGCACAAACUACUGUGAUUGUUGAAUGCUCAAGUGAAAAUCUUGGACUCUUUAUUGAGGAAUUAUGUGUUGACAUCAGUGAACAUGAUCCCAAGAAAUUACCACACGGCAUUGUUUAUUUGUUAAAAGCUGAGAUUUGUGCACCAUCCAUUUGUGUUGAUGAUAUUGCCAGAAUCUUUGAGGAACAACGCAUUUGCAAAAGUCUUUCACAUUGGCAGCAUUACAACAAAAUUGACAGUGGAGGUGUUUAUGGUGAAUUAGAAAAGAAGUUUAUGUUCAGCAAUGUAAUUGUAGGCAAAAAAGCAAAAGCUCGUUUUAAGAUAAUUAACACCAGUAAGGUUCCUUGUGAUGCAAAUAUUGUUGUGAAAAGCAGUCAGAGUCGUGGCAGUGGUAAGCAUCAACAAGUAGAAGUUUUUGAUGUGGAACCGUCAAAAGCCCAAAUCCUCAACCAUAGUCAUAUCUUUGUCACAGUCACAUUUUCACCCCAGGCAAUGCAGAUGUAUACGACCACUUUUGAGGUUUCCAUAGAAUCCCCUAUGAGCAUCAAACCCGAAUCACUUAUAUUUGAAAUAUCCGGUGAAGGUGUCCUGCCCAGAGUUGUUGUCAGCCAACCGAGCAACCGGAACCAGAAUGGACAACCUGUGGUCCUGUUCAAACAGAACUUUGUUGGAAAUUCUGAAACAUUAAAAAUUGUGAUUACAAAUGAGGCUUCUCUUCCCUGCAAGGUUGAUCUUGAUUUGAUUGACUCAGAAGAUGUCUUCUCACUGAAACCAGUCGUUAACCAACUUAAGGUUGAUGAAUUCACCCAACAAUCUGAACAAUCUGUUAAAAAACAGCUGCAUACUGCAUCAGUCAGCCUUGAUUGUAACGAGAAAGCUGAAUUUGAUGUGACUUUUCAACCCAAAGAAGCUGUCAAAAGUCACGGCCAUGUGCAGCUGGUGGUUCAUGACAAUCCAUAUGAGACUACCACGAUAUAUUUGAUUGGCGAAGGUUACUUUGAAGAAAUUACAUUUGAUGACAUUUAUCUGGAUCCAAUGCUGGAAUUGAAAUACCAUAAUGAAGUACUUGGAAGGAACCAAAUCAGUAAAGCUAAUACGAUGUUGUUUGGGGAUUGCCACAUUGGAAAAGCCAAGACACAGAGUUUAACCAUCACAAACCGAUGCCUACAAGAAACCAUUUGUUUCCAAUGGCUGACCAAAGAACCAUUAAUGUUUUCACCCCAGAUGGGACACCUACGUCCCGGUCAGACUAAAAAUAUCGUUCUAACAUUCAAGUCCUACAAACCCAUCGUCCUUCAAGAAGAGGUUAUACCGUGUGCAGUGAAGAAAAUCACUUUUGAGAAACCACUCUCUCAGGUUCCAGACUGGGAUGAUCGGAUCCAUGUUAUCAAAUGGGUUGAAGUGGAAUCUACACCCCCGAGUAAUGUACCUGAUGCGGUCGCUGUCAAAGAGACUCCAAAUGCUACCUUCCGCAAGAGGAGAAAAGUUGUGGAAAUUGAACCGGAACCAGCAAAUACUGUGAUUCCUGGCACUGAGAGAGAAAUUGGUUUGUUUAUUAGUGGAACUGCUGAGUACUGUAAAUACGAAUGUCACACAACCAGCAUCUACUUCAAGGAUACCUACAUGUUUCAAACAAGAUCUUUCCAAUUUUGUUUAACAAACAAUGGAAUCGUUCAACUGGAAUACAGUUGGCAAGUUGUGCUGGAUGACAUUCAUUUGAGCAGUAAUUUGCCAGAAGAAGAGCCAAACCGCAGUCCUUCUGUACAAAUGGACACUUACAUUCCGAUCACCAUUGAACCAGAUUAUGGCACCAUAGCUGCCGAUAUGUCCUGCACAUUUACUGUGAAAUAUUCUCCUUUGAAAGCUGCGGAAGUCUCUGGAAAACUUGUUUGUUGUAUUCCCAACCUUGAAGAAGAAGUCGAAGCGCCCACCAUUAUGAUAAAAGCCAAAGGCCUGAUGCCUUAUUGCCAUUUUGAUGUCAAAGAAUCUGACUACGUCCGCAAUGCUCGCCGAGACCCAAAGCAAUGUGGCCCUGCUGGAGCACCUCCCUCUGCUGUCCUUGAUCCCAAUACACGGGUCAUUGAAUUAGAAUGUGUCGGACUGCAAUCAAAAAUUUCCAAAUCAUUUCCAAUUUUCAACCCAACCAAUGAGAAAUACACCUAUGAAUGGAUUUAUCAAGAUGAGAAACCACAGAAGAGCAAUAUCGGCUUCAACUGUUUAACUACCCAAGGGUCUGUGAAACCAGGGAAAAAAGCUGAGAUGGUAUUUGAAUUCAUGCCCUAUCAAAUCGGUUACAGUGAAUCCUUUUGGGAGUUCCAAAUUGCACAAAAGAGUACCAAAAUCCCUUUCCUUUUUGUCGCCAAUGUCCAUGACCCUGACAUCUUAUUUGACCGGUCACAUGUAUUGCUCAAGCGCCUGGUCAUUGACCAUUCUAUAACAGAAACCGUUUAUCUUGUGAACAACGAAGAAUGUGAAUUUGAAUUUGCUUUCACAGAAGACAGUUGCUUCUCUGCUGGAAUUCCUUCCAAGCUAAAAAUAGAACCAAUGUCAGGAACAGUGGCACCGAAAUCACGGUUUCCCAUCAGUAUAUAUUUCCUGCCUUUGGUGUCAAAGAUUGUCAGCUUCAACGCAUCAUGUAUUGUGACGGGAAAGGCAGCCCCUUUACAGCUGAACAUCAAAGGGGGUGGCUAUUCUAUAAACUGUGCUGUUUUCUGUACUGAUUCAGAGGGGAUUGUCAUGGAACUUACCAAAACAGGCGACAAUGAAAUUGACUUUGGAUCUGUUGAAAUUAAUGAAAAGUCAACAAGGGUUGUGGUUAUAUCAAACAGUUGUAAAAUUAAUUUUGAAUAUAAGUGGAUCCUGAAUGAGAAAGCAAGUCAAUUGCUUAAAAUAACCCCUCCUUCAGGGGUUGUUAAGACUGGUUUCAAAAAAGAGUCCAAAAUCGAUUUCUGCCCCAGUAAAAAACUGUCUUUGACUGGAUGUAAAGUUUACUUGAAGAUCGCCCAUGGACCAACUUAUAACAUCUUCAUAACUGGUGACGCUGGUUAUCCAAACCUUGAGUUCUCAUUUUUAACGUACAACUUUGGUAACACCUUCAUUCACAAGGCAGGCAUGGAGCAGAAGAUUGCUGUGCUUCAAGUUCGAAAUAAUGACAAAAAGGAUAUUAGCUUGGAUUGUCUUUACACUCCAACCAAACAGUUAAUGUAUGAAUUUAAAGCCACCAAGGUUGAACCAAAGAAGAGCGUUACAAUAUCCUUUUCAUUCUAUCCAAGAAAACCUAUGAAAUAUACUGAAAUCGUUCCAUUCUUAAUAAAUGGUCUUUCAACACAAAAUGUUACUUUCAUUGGUCGAGGUAUUGAAAUGCAGGUCGAAGUAGCAGAUCAUAAAAAAGUUGUGAGACUUGAUUCUUAUGAAGUGGGCAGUGUCAUUAAAAGGACUGUUCCAAUUAUCAACCGAACUCCAGCUUCUGUUACAUUCAGUAUUGUUUGUACUCCAAAUUGUACUCAACUCAAAGAAAGUGGAGUGCUGACCAUUUUCCCAGCGGCUCCCAUUACUCUUGCAGCUUUGAGUGGCAGUGCAAAGAUACAAAUUGUCUUCAAUCCAAAAUCAAGAAUUCCUCAAUUUACAGAAGAGGUUUGUUUGGAACAGGCAGGAGUAUCUCAGCCAUUAUUCUUGAUCAAAGGGUUCUGUCUUGCAAUGGAGUUAAAUUUGGAGACUAAUUCCAUCCCUUUUGGUGCCGUUGUUCUGCAAAGUUCCAGCACCCGCAAAGUUUCUGUCACCAACACUGGAGACAUCAACGUUAAAAUUCGAUGGGAUAUAGACAGGCUUUCUCCAGACUUUAACAUUUCUCCUGUUCAGUGUCAUAUGAUUGUUGGAAAGCAAGUUAUCUUUGAGGUGAUAUUUAAACCCCUGAAGAUACAGCGCGAUAUUCGUUAUAAGAAUAUCCCAUGCUAUGUGAAUGAAGGAGAAUACCCACCAUUGUUACUGACGCUGACAGGAACUUGUACAGGGACGCCAACUGUUCGGGAUAUUUGCAACUUCCAAACUCAUGUCCGACACAAGGAAACCAAGAACCUGAUUAUCAGCAACAAAACCAACCAACUUUGGGAACUGAGACCAAUAAUUGAUGGAAUCUAUUGGCAAGGUCCUUUGAAAUUUGUUGUGGAACCCCAGGCCAGCAAAGCUUAUGAAAUUACCUACAAACCUAUGCGGAUGACUGGUGCCGAUGGCAAGAAACAUACGGGAUCCAUAUUGUUCCCACUGCCAGACGGGACAGGCAUCUUUUACAAUUUAUUCGGCAUUGCAGAUCCUCCCAAGCCUGUCGAUAAAAUUAUUCGAGACAUCCCUUACAAGACAAAGUACACAGAACUUCUUCCGGUUUACAAUUGGAGCAAGCAGACAAUCAGCUUUAAUGUGAAAAGAGAAGUCUAUAAAGCUGACAAAGUUGAUCCCACCACGACAAUAACUGGUUUAGACUACAUUGAUGUACCAGCUGGUUGUCAGAAGAAUUACAAACUGGAUUUUCAUGCUUACAAGGAAGGAAUGAGCAGCAUAAAAGUAAUCUUUACUCAUUUAGAGACAGGUGAAUACCAAUUUUAUGAACUGACCCUUCGAUCGAUUAAAUCAGGAAGUUUGGGGAAUAUUGAACUUGUCACCCCAGUUCGCUCCAGCAUACGACAUACGGUCAAACUUGAGAAUCCGCUAACCAUUCCAGCUCAUUUUAAUUUCAAUACAAAUGUUUCAGAACUGAUGAUUCCUGCAAGUGCAGUUUGUAUUCCAGAACAAUCUGAUGGUGAGGUGACCAUUGAAUACCAACCGAUUAAAAUCGGUGAAGUAACUGGCAAACUGGAACUGUUGAGCACUGAACUGGGAAAUUAUUUAUAUGAACUGAACCUCAAGGCCACACCAGCAAGCUAUGAGAAAAGCAUCUACAUGCAGACUUCCCUCGGUCUGGUCACCACCCAGGUGGCUAGGUUUAUUAACUACUCCAAACAGAAGACAGACUACCUGUGCAAGGUGGAUAAUCCAGAUUUCCAUGUUGACAAAUCCAUCCCAGCUGCUAGUGCUUCGUCUUCUGGAACUGAAAUUUCAUUUGAUGUCUCCUUUGAACCAUCUCGCUUGGGAGAGCAGCGAGCUAUUCUAACAGCUUCGUCAGCAGUUGGUGGAGAAUAUAUCUUCCCACUAUUUGGAACGUGUGGCCCACCCAAACCCCAGGGACCAUUCACCAUCAAAUCAGGUUCAAAUAUUUUCAUUACUUUCCGCAACAUCUUCAACACAGCAACCAGUUUCAAAUUUCAAGUUGAUGAUGAUCGGUUCAUCCUCUCCAAGAAGAAGGAAGCGAUUCGUGCCCACAAAGACUAUCGUAUUUCUGUCGCGUUUGACAACAGUAACCUUCCUGUGCAGACUGAGCUCAAAAGCAAACUGAUUGUCUCCUGUCCCCAUGUAACAGCAGACACAGCAAAUCUACAAUGGCUGUUUUAUUUGAAAGGAAUUUCUGUUUAGUUCAAGUGUCAAUAAAUAUAUUCAUGCUCAAAUCUUA